ACCUGUUUCCCUUCGCCGGCUCACGGCUCACAUUCCUCCGCCCCAGUCCCAUUGCGCGGCCUCCGCUGGCAGCCGAGGCCCUAGUCUCCCGCUCCAACUAUUCCAACUAUCCUGGGAAGGGUGGGGCGCUCGGCUCUUGGGUCCCCCUCGGUUGCCCCCCUUCCCCACCAUCGGUCUCCCCUUCUGCCCCGGUCCCUCCCUUUCUGGGGUGGGGCCAGCCAAUGGGCGAUGAGACUCCGGGGUUUGGCCCGGGAGCCGGGGAGCUCACCGAUUCCCCGCCCCACAGUUCUGGCCACUGUCCCGGUGCGCACGGACGUGGCUCGAGUUUCCUCGGCUCUCUGCUCUUUCUCGCUUCCCCCCACCCCCCUCCCGCUUUUCCUCCUCUCCUGGGCUUCAGCUCCAGCUCCACCCGGCCGGCCCCGCACGGCUCCGGCUAGCCAUGGAGGACACCCAGCUCCAUAUCAUCGAGCAGCCGCUUCCCGAGUACCCCGAUGUUGGGGACUCGGGGUCCUCCCCCAUGGGGGCGCCAGCGGCGGAGGAGCCGUCAGGGGCCGGCUCUGAGGAGCUGAUCAAGUCGGACCAGGUAAACGGCGUGCUGGUGCUGAGUCUUCUGGACAAAAUCAUCGGCGCCGUCGACCAGAUCCAGCUGACCCAAGCCCAGCUGGAGGAACGGCAGGCGGAGAUGGAGGGUGCCGUGCAGAGCAUCCAGGGCGAGCUGAGCAAGCUGGGCAAGGCACACGCCACCACCAGCAACACCGUGAGCAAGUUGCUGGAGAAGGUGCGCAAGGUCAGCGUCAACGUGAAGACCGUGCGCGGCAGCCUGGAGCGCCAGGCCGGCCAGAUCAAGAAGCUGGAGGUCAACGAGGCCGAGCUGCUGAGGCGCCGCAACUUUAAAGUCAUGAUCUACCAGGACGAAGUGAAACUGCCGGCCAAAGUGAGCAUCGGCAAGUCGCUGAAAGAGGCGGAGGCGCUGCCCGAGAAGGAGGGCGACGAGCUGGGCGAGGGUGAGCGGCCGGAGGAGGACGCGGCCGCGCUCGAGCUGUCGUCCGACGAGGCGGUGGAGGUGGAGGAGGUCAUCGAGGAGUCGCGCGCCGAGCGCAUCAAGCGCAGCGGCCUGCGGCGCGUGGACGACUUCAAGAAGGCCUUCUCCAAGGAGAAGAUGGAGAAGACCAAGGUGCGCACCCGCGAAAACCUGGAGAAGACCCGCCUCAAGACUAAAGAGAACCUGGAGAAGACGCGGCACACGCUCGAGAAGCGCAUGAACAAGCUGGGCACGCGCCUCGUCCCCGCCGAGCGGCGCGAGAAGCUCAAGACCUCGCGAGACAAGCUGCGCAAGUCCUUCACGCCCGACCACGUGGUCUACGCGCGCUCCAAGACGGCGGUCUACAAGGUGCCGCCCUUCACCUUCCACGUCAAGAAGAUCCGCGAGGGCGAGGUGGAGGUGCUGAAGGCCACCGAGAUGGUGGAGGUGGGCGCCGACGACGACGAGGGCGGUGCGGAGCGCGGCGAGGCGGCCGACCUGCUGCGCGGGAGCAGCCCCGACGUGCACACGCUGCUGGAGAUCACUGAGGAGUCGGAUGCCGUGCUGGUGGACAAGAGCGACAGCGACUGAGCGGAUGCGGGGCUCUGCCCGGGAGGCCGCGCCACCCUGCCCCGCCUCUCCCUGCCCCCUCCCCAUGCCCUUCCCUCUGGAACUUUCUCUUUCGCAUUCUCUCUCGGCCCCACGCAGGCUGAGAUGUUUCUAAAUUGACAACACCGCCCCUCAAGGAGCACCCCUCCAAGUCUUACAGCUGUUAAAAUGGGAGGGGGAGGCAGCCUCCACCAUGGAUAGCCCCAAUUUGGGCAUAGUCUGGGUGGGAAUGGAGAGGGGGAGUGAUCCGUGUCCUGGUCGUCCAAGUCAGGCAUCUUAAAGGAAAUUGCUGUCAUUUCCAUGGUUGCCCCACCCCACUUUGGGGUAGGCUGCCUUCCCCCCAACCUCCACCUCACACUCGUACCCAGCUGCUGUCAUUCCUGUUCACUGAGCUCUUCUUUCUCAUCCUGGUCCCUGGAGGCUUCAAAGCCAAAAUUACCAUAAAAGGAAAGAGGUAAUCCUGAAGGGGACCCUUGCCCACACGUGAGGCCCCAUACUGGAAGAACUUGAAAGCAACUUUUGGGAGAACUGGGGCAGUUGGGGGAAGAGGGCAGAGUGAGCCGUGACCCUGGAAUGAGAGUCUAGCACGGAUUGUAUCUGUAAAUGGUCUCAACAAGGAAGGCUGUAGCCAAGCAGAGCCCUGGGGAAGGAGCAGGUGGUGUAGGGAACACUUAACAUGUUUAUGCAUCUGCAACAGCAGCAUAUGGCUAUGGCUUUGGGAAGGAGAAUGGGAAGUAGUAGAAAGUGGAAAUGAGUGAAAAGAGGAGAAUUCUAAGCAGCAUGAGAAACACAGGACAAGAAUCCCGUCUUAGUGGGGUCCUCAGAGGACAGCAGGACAAUUUUCAGAAUAAGGAGGGAGGACAGUGAGAAAGCGAUGAUCCAAAGAGAAGAGAAAGGUAAGCCUCGCCCUACCCCUUAACUGAGAUCUGAAUGGUGCCCCUUGUGGCAGCCCAUUUCUUAAGUCCAGAAAAUGAGGGGUCCAGAAGGGGGCAGCACCAGACUGCAGAGGGCUGGGAGGUAGGAGGGAGGCCGACUGGAAAGACAGCAAGGUGCUAAUGGCCAGGCCACCAUGCUGAGUGCUGGAGGAGAGAUGGCGAGAGUAUAUGGAGCAACCCGGCCUUGGCCCACUCCUGGUAGUUUCUUCUCAAGAUCCUUUUCUAGAGCUAGUAUCAUAAAGCUGCAAAACUUGCCGAGACCUCCUUGCCCUUGUGGGUUCCUCUCCUGAAUCGCUGGGGAUGACAGGGAUGCUACUUCCAAUCCUGCUGUCCACUGACAGGUUCUCCUCAGGACACUUCAGCCCCCCAUGUUCCUCUCCAGUAAAGGCGGCUUGUCGGAAGCAAAGACAACUCCCUUCCCCUUCAAGCACAGCCCAAAGAGGAGGACUGAAGGCCUCCUCCUCCUCCCCCACCUCCUCUGCCAUAUCUUCCCUGCUUUGCUUUUUAGAGUUGCAGCUAAUUAAGGGGUGGAGGGAGGGAGCCUGGGGACACGAACACUUUUUUAUAAUACAAAGCUUUGCUUCUCCCCCCUCCUUUUCUUGGUUCCUUCUCUCCUGAAUGGUUGGAGACACUUCAGCUGAGGGAGGAUGGGGAUUGUGGGACAAGGUCCCUUGGUGCUGAUGGGCUGAAGGGGCCUGAGUUGUGGGCAGAUACAGUUUCCUGUGCGCUCCUGGGAGCCUGUCAUGUUGCUGUGUCCUGGUGAGCAGCCCGACCAAUAAACCUGCUUUUCUAAAAGAA